AUGGAAACUGCAGAGCCAGUGCCAUACGAAUUUCCUGGCCACCCGGUGGGCGCUGCUCCUCGUCGAAUGAUGGCCUCCAACCUCGGCCAGAACUUCUCCUUCUAUCCCAGCCAGACCACGUCCUUCCCGCUGCCCUUUCACCAGUCGUCCUCGGCGGGUUACGGCUUCAACCACGUCCUCAACCACCAUCACCACCCACACCCUCAUCCCGGCUACCAACAAUUCUAUGUGCCGGGUCACCAGCCAGUCAACCCCCAGCCGGCGCGCCUCUCAUCCGAGCCGCCGCCCAUGCAGCCCAUCCCAGACAUCCGGCCGGCAAAGAAUGGUGUCAAUCGAGUAGUGCGAGACCCGUUGGUAAAACCCGAUGCAAGCUCAAGCCCUCACCGGGUUUCGAUAACUCAGCUUCCGACCAACGGAGUAGCCGCACGAGGCAAAAGCCCCAGUGCCACCGAGAUUGAGUUCUCGACGCAGGUCGAUGUGCUAAUGAAGACAAUCCAGUCAAAGAACGGGGCUCCGGCGCCCAACACGCAGUCGUUACCGCCACUACAGCAGCUCACGCACGGCGGUAUAAAUGGGCUCCCCCAGCCAUAUUCAGUCCCCCAAGCGACCAACCCACGAUGCAUCACGAGGGUUGACGAGCCCACGCCUCGAUCAGUCAAGAAGCGUAAAUAUAUCUGCACCCUGCCAAACUGCGGGAAAAGCUUUGCACAGAAGACUCACCUGGACAUCCAUACCAGGGCGCACACAGGAGACAAGCCUUUUAUUUGCAAAGAGCCCUCAUGCGGACAGCGCUUCUCCCAGCUAGGGAACUUGAAGACUCACCAGCGACGGCACACGGGAGAAAAGCCCUUUUCUUGCGACAUAUGCCAAAAAAGGUUCGCCCAACGGGGCAAUGUUCGAGCCCAUAGGAUCACCCAUGAGCAUGCCAAGCCUUUCACCUGCCUGUUGGAUGACUGUGGGAAGCAAUUCACUCAACUUGGGAACCUCAAGUCCCAUCAGAACAAAUUCCAUGGCCCUACGUUGCAGGGCCUGACCUCGAAAUUCUCUCAGUUGACGGGAGCCGAGCCGAUGAGUGCACAAGACCGCAAGCUUUGGGAAUAUUUUGCCACCCUCUACAAGAACAGUAACAAGGGAAUCAAGGGUCGCGGAAAAGACCGGAGGAUCUCGCCCGCGUCCAAAUCUGACCCCGGGUUCGAGAGCCGCAGGAGAUCGGGUGACGGUCGUGACAAAACACGACGGCCCAGCUUUGAGGACUCGUCCACCUACACUGGUGGCUCUAGCAGCGAAGAGGAGGACCCGGAGACCUAUUAUAUCGAUAGAGAGGCGCAUUGA